CGUGCCAUGAAGAGCGCGAAUCUGCCCAGUUACACGACACCCUGGCGCACACUCUACGAAGCUUUAAUGGCGUCAAGGAAAUGAUCCACGUCCCUGGUUUCCACAGCUCUCGACCAGCUCAGGAGCGACCCUCUUGUGGAGAGCUUCUAUGGACAGUGCUGCUGUAUAACGACCAUGAUUCAGAGGAUUUUGAAGACGAAAUGUGGAGUCGUCGGCGCAUGAUGCUCGAGCCAUAUCAAGGGCACUUCAAAUCCGCUGGCGCCAGAAUGUUUGAUUACGUUGUCGAUGCCGUUCUCCGCAAUCCCAAGCGCAAAGACAAACUGAAAGUUUAUAUCGAAACGCAUUCAAUCUACGCGCUGGCUAAUUUCGAUACAAGAGCGACACCGAUACCCGCUAGUCAACUCGGAGAUGUAAUUGAGAUAUAGUACGUUGGCCAUUACAUGUCAAUUCCGGAUGCCAUAGCCCUCGACUUAGUUGUUCUAAACAAUCAGAAGAUCAACAUAGCAACGCAUUACGCGGGUGUAACGCAUCUUUCUAUUAGCAGAGAUGAAUUGGGCGACCAGGGUUCGGUUCACAUAGGGCUCUUAGGCGGUCCAUCACACGCCCCCGACUGGUCGCGCCUGGACACGCUACACUUCGACGACACACGGCAGAACGAUCAGUCCGCUACUUUCAUUUGCCAGCAGAAGUGUAACCUCCAACUCCACAACGUCUACUAGGGCUGGAAUUCGAUCCAAAGCUUUUCCAAAGGCUCGUCACUCCGAGGUGUGAAGGCUACCGGUGUAUUUGCCAUCGGGGGAGUCAACGAGCAUUCCAGCUACGUUUGGAUCGUAGCAAGCGAUCAGGAGGAAGCAUUCGAGAUUGC